AUGCAGAUCACACUGAAAACACUGCAACAACAGACUAUUCAGAUUGAGAUAGACCCCGAGCAGACGGUGAAGGCGUUGAAAGAGAAGAUUGAAACAGAACGUGGAAAAGACAACUUUCCUGUCUCUGGACAGAAAUUAAUUUAUGCUGGUAAAAUUCUUCAAGAUGACACGCCCAUCAAGGAAUACAAAAUAGAAGAAAAGAACUUUGUUGUUGUUAUGGUUUCAAAGGCUAAGUCCACCGCUGCUGCCUCUCCUUCCGUCUCAGAAGCGCCCAAACCUCCUUCACAAGAAUCCUCGUCCACUGCCCCUGCCCCUACCCCUGCUCCCGCCUCUGCUCCAGCCCCCACUCCCUCUGCAGUGUCCACUCCCCCUGAUGAGCCCAGGGAAGAGGCUACAGAGGAGGUCAAAGAAGAGCCUAGCGCUGCUGCUGGAGAACCACAACAACCUGCCAGCUCCAGUGGCAGUAGUCAGAGCGUCGACCCCUCAUCGGCCCUUGUGACGGGGGCCGAGUAUGAGAACAUGCUCACGGCGAUCAUGGCGAUGGGAUACGAGCGAGAGCGAGUGGUGGCGGCGCUGAGGGCCAGCUUCAACAACCCGCACAGAGCCGUGGAGUACCUGCUCACUGGCAUCCCCAACAGUCCGGUCCAGGAGAGCAACCCUCCCCCCGCUGGACCCACGGAAGCCCCAUCGGAAGGAGAAAACCCUCUGGCGUUCCUGCGGGUCCAGCCACAGUUCCUCAACAUGAGACGGGCCAUCCAGCAGGACCGCUCCAUGCUGCCCUCUCUGCUGCAGCAGCUGGGCCGGGAGAACCCCCAACUCCUGCAGCAAAUCAGCCAGCACCAGGAGCGCUUCAUCCAGAUGCUGAACGAGCCAAUGGGGGAAGGGGGCGACGCUCCGGAGCUGGGGGACAUCGGAGCUGCAGGAGACGAGGGGGCUCCUGUGAGCUACAUCCCAGUCACCGCUCAGGAGAAGGAGGCCAUCGAGAGGUUAAAAGCGCUGGGCUUCCCUGAGCCCAUGGUGAUCCAGGCUUACUUCGCCUCCCUGGGCCCUCCCUCCUCCACUCAGAGACUGCAGCCCCCGCACACGCCUGCCGGUGGGGGGAGGGGGAGAGGGGCACUUGAGAAGGGAAAGGGUGCGACGAGCGAGUGCCUGUGCUGA